AUGAGUGGAAUCAAACGAAGUUUAAGUGCUGAUUAUGAUUCAGCAAUUACAAAUGAUAGUAAUAAUCAAGAACCAGCAAGUCCUAAUAAUUCUUCAGAUUUAAAAAGAUCUCGACAUUCAUCAUCACAUUCAGAAUAUGAAGAAGAAGAAGAAGAAACUCAAAUAGUUGAACAAGAAAAUGACGUUACUAAUGGUCAUUCAACAAGUCAAUCUGAAACUGAAGAAGAAGAAGAAGAAGAAGAGGAAGAAGAAGAACAACAACAAAAUAAUGUGCAAGAAAAUUCUUUGAAUUAUUCAAUUGUUCAUAUUGAUUUUGAUAAUGGAGAAGAUGAUAUAUAUCGAUAUGAUGGUAAUAUUAUUUUUCAUAUUCAUAUUCCGUCUCGAGGACGAUCUUGUCAAAUAUCAAGUGAACCAUCAAUCAUACGAACAUUUCCAUGGACAUUAAUAGGACAUAUAAAACCAAAUCAUGAUAAUUUUCAAAAUGAUAAUGCUGGAAUAUUUGGUCUUUUUCUUAAAUGUGGAGUAGAUAAAACUAUUCAGAAUUGGUCAAUAUUUGCUAAAGCUGAAUUAACACUUUUACAUGCAACAAAUUCAAAGAAAAAUUAUGUUAAAAAAAUUAAUCAUUUAUUUAAUUCGCGUUCUAUUGAUUGGGGUUUUCAUAAUUUUAAAUACUUAAAAGAAAUCUAUGAUGAAUUUCUACAUCCAUCAGAUAAUACAAUUCGAAUUGAAGCAAAAAUUCAUGCUGAUCCUCCGCGAAAUGUUGAUUGGGAUUCAAAAGGUCAAACUGGUUUUGUUGGCUUGAGAAAUAUUGGCGCAACUUGUUAUAUGAAUUCAUUUUUACAAACAAUUUAUUUUACUAAAAAACUACGCAAGGCUGUUUAUGCAUUACCAACUGAUCAUGAUGAUCAAUCACAUAGCAUUCCACUUGCUUUACAAAAACUUUUUUAUGAUCUUCAAUUUAGUGAUCGAGCAGUUAGUACCAAGAAAUUAACACGUUCAUUCGGAUGGGACAAACCGGAUGAAUUUUGUCAGCAUGAUAUUCAAGAAUUUUGUCGAGUGUUACUCGAUAAAUUAGAAUGUAAAAUGGAAGAUACAACUAUUGAAGGUAUUAUUCCAUCAUUAUUUCAAGGACAAUAUGUGCAAUAUAUUCGAUGCACAAAUGUAGAUCAUGAAUCUCGAGUGACUCAAACAUUCUAUGAUGUUCCAUUACAAGUACGUAAUAAUGCAAAUAUUACAGAAAGUUUUCGAGAUUUUUGUAAAAGUGAAAUAUUAACCGGUGAAAAUUUAUAUGAUGCUGGUUGUUUUCAUGGUUUACAAGAAGCAGAAAAAGGUGUUAAAUUUCAAAAAUUUCCACCUGUACUUUGUUUACAUUUAUUACGUUUUGAAUAUGAUUAUAAUUUAUCACAAAAUCGAAAAAUAAAUGACAGUUAUUCAUUUGAUUAUCAUCUUGAUCUAAAUGAAUUUCUUGAAAAACCAAAUUGUUCAUCAUGUUCAUAUAAAUUAUUAUCAAUAUUAGUUCAUAGUGGUGAUAAUUCAAGUGGACAUUAUGUUUCAUUUAUAAAUCCUAAAUUAGAUAAAGAAUGGUUUAAAUUUGAUGAUGAUGUUGUUGCACGAGUAGCAUCAAGUGAUGCAAUGGAAAGAAAUUUUGGUGGAGUACAAGAUGAUGAUGGAAGUAUGUACAAUACAUCAGCUUAUAUGUUGGUUUAUAUACGUGAAGAUUGUCAAGAUGAUGUUUUAUGUGAUAUAAAUCUUGAAGAUAUUUCAGAAAAUUUAAUUAAAAGAUUCAAUUAUAAUAAAAAAUCUAUAAAACAACGUCAGAUUAUAUCGGAUAAUAAUAAUUUAAUUGAUAUACAUAUUAUUUUAAAUAAUGAUUUUUAUAUUCAACAAAAAGCUUGUUUAACUGAACUUAUUUAUGAAAAUUCAUUAGAUUUUUCUGAAAAUAAACGAUGUUUACGAUAUAUAUCAGCACAACGUUCAGAAUUAUUUCGUACAUUUGCACAACGAUUAGCUUAUGAAUUGGGGGUAAAUCUUGAUGAAGAUAUACGAUUAUGGGUUAUUAAUACACAUAAAAUUUCUAAUAAUAAUCAUCAUUAUCAUCAUUCUCAACCGUUACUUACUUCUACAUUGACUUAUUGUAAUGAUUAUGAUAAAAAAGUAAAUGAUAUAUUCCAAUAUGAAAUAUUAAAUCGAAGAGUUUUAGCAAUAUAUGUUGAACAGAAAUUAUUUAUGAAUAAUAUUUAUCAAUUAUUACCGUUUGACACAGAUGAUAUAUUAAUAUUUGUUCGUUUUUAUAAUGCACAAGACGAAUCUCUUUUGUAUAUUGGGCAUUUUUUAUUUUCACAAAAACAAUCAUUUCAGAAAUGUUUGAAUGAUAUUGCUCUUCGAAUGAAAAUAUCUAUAUGUUCGUCAACGACAUUUAUUGUUCAUCAAAGUCAACCGAAACAUAAUCAAAUUCAUCAAUAUGAAUCACUAAAAUCAUCAGAUUUUGAAUUAUUAUUAUCUCAAGUACUUCGUCCAUGUUUAUCUGGUAUAUCAAUUAUAAUUCAAAUUGUAAAUCCUAAUCAAACAGAUAAAGAAAAUUCUUUAACAACUGUUGAUGAUUAUCUUCGAAAUCUUUCAAGUCGUCAAGAAUUUGAUGUUUAUCAUCGAGAUAGUUUACGUAAUGAAUGUCUUUUUAAAUUAUUUCUUCCAUUAAAAACAUCAAUUAAACAUGUUAUUCAAUUAAUUGCUGAACGUAUUGAAUAUUCCGAAGAACAAAUUAUUAUACAAAAAUCAUCAAAUUCAACAUUAAUAACCAAUAUUACAACUUCAACAUCUUCAUUACAUAUUGGUUGUGAACAAAAACUUCGUGAUCUUUAUCCGAAUCUACGUAUUACAGGAACAUCACCACGAAAAAUUAUUUUUAAAAAAUUACCAUUUAAUUAUACUGAACUUGAACAUCGUCGUCUAUUUCGAUUAUUUGUUACAAAUUCCCGAAAAAAAGAUGAACAACGAGAAGUUCAAUUAUAUGUUAGAAAAUCAUCGAGAGUUGCUGAAUUUCUUGCUGAAAUCAAACAAUGGAUGCCAGCAGUAUGUUCUGAGAAUGGAAGUCAACAAUUAAGAAUAAUCGAACUCAUUUCAUAUAAUCAAAUAAAUCCUCCCUUUCGACUUCGUAUAUGUCCCGAUGAAUCCUCAAUGGAUGAAUAUACUAAUUGUGCAAAUCAUUUUUAUCAUUUGGAAGAAAUUAUUCAUGAUGAUAUUGAUUAUACUAAAGAAUCGACAUUAAUACCUGUUGCUCAUUAUACUAAAGAAAAUUUUAUACAAAUAAAUCUUCAAAAAUUUUUUCCAUUUUUUAUACAUGUGAUACAAAAUGAAUCAUUUAAUGAUGUUAAACAUCGAUUGCAAGUCAAAUUAGGUCUUACAAAUCGUGAAUUUGACAAGUAUCAUUUUUCAAUAUAUAAUGGUAGUAAAUUAAUAUCUCGAUGUGAUGAUAAUGCAGAAAAAAUAAACAUCUGUGAAUUGAAAUUAAUUCGAAAUACAUGUUGGAUUGGUUUAGAAAUUCCAUCAGUAUCAAAUCCACGAAAGACUAGAAAAUCACUUUUUUCAGAAAAACCUAUUCGAAUAAACUAG